AGAAAGCAAAGAGGGGAGGAAAGUAAAAGGAGAAAGCAAAGGUAGUGGUUCCAUGCCACGAACGGGGAUGCGAGCUGGUAUCCUCGAAAUUCGUGUCGUGACGAGAAAUUUCAUUCUCUCUCCUCGAUGAACCACGAGAGAAAGAAAGAGGGAGAGAGAGAGAGAGAGAGAGAAAGAGAGAGACAAAAAGAGAGAGAGAGAGAGAAAAAAAGAGAGGAAGAAAGACAGACAGAGAGAGAAAAAAUUUUUCUAAAUAAAAUCAAACGAUAAAUAACUCGUGUUCGUUCAUAAAAUUAAAAGAAAAAGUUAUAUGAGGUUUUAUGAGAGAAAAAAAAAAGCCGCAAGAGUUCGACCGAUCGAAAAUAUCGAGGAAUUCUCGUCGCUGAUGCUGCGACGGUCCAGAAGGAAGAAACGUCGUUGAGAAUGCCUCCUAUCGGAUUACAGAAUCGCGUGUGUACUCGAAGGACCGUGAUCUUGAAGGUGUGCGAUAUAACGAUGUUCGCGUUGUGACGAGCCGUUUACGGGAAGUAUCCUUUUUCACGUGGAAAUUUGAUCUUGUCGGUGUAUACCCUGACCGUAAUUAUUACUACUACUACUUCUACUACUCCUACUACUAUUAUUAUUACUACUACUAUUACUAUUACUAUUACUAUUACUACUAUUACUACUGUUGCUGUUGCUGCUACUGAUACCACUGCUUCUUCUUCUUCUUUUCCUUCUUGACACUCGUGAAUUAACAGCUUGCAGCGGUACCGAGAGUGAAUAUGUUGAGACACAAAGAUCUCGCCAGGAGAUGACAUUCUUUCCUGUGCUCUAACAUUUCUGAUUGGGUCGUCGACCAUCGGCAGAAUGCUGCCGCGUGGACUGCCAUUAACGUUUCUUCUUGUGCAAUUGUCUCAUCAUAUCGUUUGGGCUGCGUUGGAGAACACAAGAAUGUUUGACAAACUGGAAAAUGUCACGCAGACCAUAUCGAGAAUACUCGACGGCUAUGACAUUCGAUUGAGGCCGAAUUUUGGCGGAGAGCCACUAUUAGUUGGCAUGGAUUUAACUAUAGCGAGUUUCGAUGCUAUUUCGGAAGUCAAUAUGGAUUACACUAUAACAAUGUAUUUAAAUCAAUAUUGGAAAGACGAAAGACUCGCCUUUUCGCAAGAGGAGGAAAUCUUGACACUGAGUGGUGAUUUUGCAGAAAAGAUUUGGGUCCCGGAUACUUUCUUUGCCAACGAUAAGAACAGCUUUUUACACGACGUAACUGAACGCAAUAAACUCGUCAGACUCUCCGGCGACGGUUCCAUCACUUAUGGCAUGAGAUUCACAACGACAUUGGCCUGCAUGAUGGAUCUGCACUACUAUCCUCUCGAUUCGCAGAAUUGCACCGUAGAGAUCGAGAGCUACGGUUACACGGUACUCGACGUAGUAAUGUAUUGGAAAGAUACUCCUGUUCGAGGAGUGGAGGAAGCGGAAUUGCCGCAAUUUACAAUAAUCGGUUACGAAACGAACGACCGGAAAGAGAAAUUGGCUACCGGUAUUUAUCAAAGGUUAUCGCUCAGCUUUAAACUCCAACGGAAUAUCGGUUACUUCGUGUUCCAGACCUAUCUUCCGAGCAUACUCAUCGUAAUGCUCAGUUGGGUCAGCUUCUGGAUCAAUCACGAAGCGACCAGCGCGAGAGUGGCCUUGGGUAUCACGACUGUUCUCACGAUGACCACAAUUUCAACUGGUGUGAGAAGUUCCUUGCCACGAAUCAGUUAUGUCAAAGCUAUCGACAUAUAUCUAGUGAUGUGUUUUGUUUUCGUUUUUGCUGCGUUACUAGAGUACGCGGCAGUCAAUUACACGUAUUGGGGUGCAAGAGCUAAAAAAAAAAGCAAAAAGAAAGAUAACGAGGAACAGAAAGUUCUUACUUCGAAAACUGGAAGCAAAGCUACCUCACCUUUCCCUGGUUCAACUGAUGCUGAUAUUAUUGAGCUGCAGGAUAUAAGAAUGUCGCCAUUGCCAAGCAUUAGAAAUAGAUCAGGUUUGAUCAGUGGUUCUUCGACACCUGGUCUUGGAAAACAUCAUGAUCCAGUCAAAUUUCCACCCAGUUUUCGUAUCUCAAGAACGGUCGCUUAUAAUACACAUGGUAGAAACAGUGGGCUCAGAUAUAGAGGCCCGAAACAAAAUAAACCUAAGGUACUACACGCUAUCCGUAGAGGUGCAUCGGUGUUACGCGUGUCCAUGCCAAAAAUCAAAGACGUUAACGUGAUCGACAAAUACUCGAGAAUCAUAUUUCCUGUCAGUUUCAUGCUGUUCAACGCGAUAUAUUGGAUCUUUUAUUUUGUAUGAAUGAUAUAAAGAAACGCAGAUAUAAAAAAAACAAAUUGAAUUAUCACGAUUUCAUGUGUAUAUACAUACAAAGAGAAAGAUAGAAAAGGAAAGAGAGAGAGAGAGAGAGAGAGAGAGAGAAAGAGAGAAAGAGAAAGAGAGAAAGAGAGAAAGAGAGAGAGGGAGAGAAUGUUUUACUCGUUUAUAUGGGACAUUGUGAGAGAGACAGAGAUGAGAACUGUCUCGGAUUUAUGAGAGAAGCAAUAUAUUGGGAUCGAUUGAUCCGCUCUUCGUACUGAAACUAAUAACUACUAUAACGGAAACAAAAAGGAAAAGAAGGAAAAAAAGAAAAGAAGAAAAAAGAAAAGGAAAGAAAAACAAAAAGAUUGAAAAAAUAUUUUACGAACGUUCGAGUGUCCUCAAUCGAAAGCUGCCAUAAUUACUUAUCAAGUUACGUAAGUGGUGUUAAAGACUUUGAUCGCAAAUAAAUAUUAUUAUAGCUAAAUUCUUAACUAUAAAAUCAUAUGAUCUUUCGAGAGAUAUUACGGAUGAAUGAGGAUACGAUAUUUAAACGUGAUUAUUAUUAUUAUCAUUAUUAUUAUCGUGAUACAGAUGAAUUAUUAAUUUUAAUCGGAGAAAAUUAUGACGUAAACAAGAAGAAUAUUCAAAUUAAGAACAAAAGAAGAAGAAAAAAAAAGAAAAAAGAUCCAAUAAAAAAAGAAUUUAGAGAUAUACAGAAGUUAUACAAUUCUUUACUGCCAAAUGAAAAUAUCCUUGAGAACGUUCUUACGUAGCAAUAAGAGAAAGAGAGAGAGAGAGAAAGAGAGAUGUAAUUAUCUAAUAUAAACAAAAAAUCUCUUCAUUCAUUUAAAAUUAUAUUGCGUUUAAAGACUAUCUCCGAUUGCAUAUGUACAUACGUAUGUAAGAAUAUAUAUUAUAUCUCUAAAAUAUUGUAUACGAUUACAUUAUACACCUGCUAACGAGGAAGAACGUUCAUUACUUUUUAUUUCGACGAGAUUAAAAUCGAUCAUAGUAUCUAGUGAUCUUUCGCAUUUUAUCUUAAUUUUACAAUCGCUUAGUCUCUAUGUAAAAUAUAAAUCGCUUAGUCUCUAUGUAAGAUAUAAAGAUAAAGAAAGCCAAAAAAUAAUACAUAUACACACAUACAAACACAAAUUAUUCAUGGAAAGUGAUUCGUAGAAAGUAUUCCAAAUAGACUCUACGUAAGAAUGUAAAGACGUAAUGUACAUUAAGUAUUACAAGCCGAUCAUAUGAAUGAAAGAAUUAAAGUAACAAAAGAAAAUAUUAUUUUCAAUAAUUGUACGAACGCGCUAAUAGCAUUUACAUGUUCGAAUUUUUAUUACUAAUUUUAAACAAGAUAUAAUCAAAAACCGAGAAUGCAGAAAUGAAAGAAAUUUUCCAUUAUAUAUGAUUUGUAUUGUUGUUAAUAAUGCCAUCAUGAUUAUUAUCAUGCGCAAUUAAAUUGUAUAAUCUGAUAUAUAUCGUCGCAACGUACUAUUAGUACAUAACGCUGAUUAUUAUUCAUUUAUCAUUUAAUUAUAUUUCGAUUCAAUCUUUUCUUUCCUUUUUUUUUCGUCUUUUUUUUUUUGUUCGAAACAUAUAAUUCUAUUGUAAAAAAAAAUGUACGAACAUUAUGUAGAUUUAAAUAAUCUCAUGCCUGUCUAUGUUUUAUUGUUUUAUCUCGAUCGAAACGAAUUUAUAUAUUUUAACGUGUGACCAAAAAAGACAAAUAAAGAAAACACGUUAUUUCCUUCUAUCGUAACAAAUUCGGGGGACCUCUGAAUUAUAGAUUGUGAAUAAUGUAGUAUAAUAUUAUAUGAUGUAAGAUAUAUACAUAUAAAAAUGGAUAACAAUUGAAGAGGCACAAAUCUCUUAACCUGCAAAUAAAAAGAAAUCUUCUGUACAAAUUA